CUGGGUUGCCGCUGGCUGCGCGGCAGCGCGUCAAAACACUGCGUCUGCACGACCUCGCAGGGACCCGCAGAAAACGGUUCGUCUGGACGGGGAACGCAAAACGAGGGGGGGGGGCUCAGGAUUUGGCACCGCCGCGAAACCGACGAGGUGGUGCGACUUUUCCACUCGGCGAAUUUUUUUUUUCUUCCCUACAAAGGUGUGUGCCUCCCUCCCCACCGCCCACCACGGCCCUCACCUGUGUGUUGCGGUGCUUCCCCUGCGAGCCGACCUGGGCUGGCAGCCCCUUCUUGCACCGCCCGCCUACCCCGCCCAUGGUCAGGAUGACACGCUCCAAGACCUUCCAGGCCUACCUGCCCAGCUGUCAUCGAACCUACAGCUGCAUCCACUGCCGAGCUCACUUGGCCAACCAUGACGAGCUCAUCUCCAAGUCGUUCCAGGGCAGCCAAGGCAGAGCUUACCUGUUUAACUCAGUGGUAAACGUCGGGUGUGGCCCUGCAGAGGAGAGGGUUCUGCUCACAGGCCUGCAUGCUGUGGCAGAUAUCUACUGUGAGAACUGCAAGACUACCCUCGGCUGGAAAUACGAGCAUGCCUUUGAGAGCAGCCAGAAGUACAAAGAGGGCAAGUUCAUCAUUGAGCUGGCCCACAUGAUCAAGGACAACGGCUGGGACUGAGGGACGAGCAACCCUGACACCUACACAGCAGGGCCGGGUGGCCGGACGGAUAGAUAGAUGAAUAAGGGGAUGAGGGAGGGAGGGAGAGAAGGUGAGUUUGUGACUUCGUUGUGGCUGGUUGCACAUUAAACUUUGUAACCCCCCCCCCCCAAAUAUUCUCUCCCACCCUUCCUGAUAACAGCAUUCACAAAACACACACACACACACACACACGCACACACACACACACACAAGGCUUCAGACAUCCCAGUCUGACAGGUAGCUGUUCAGAUCAAACGAGGUGGACUGGACAGACUUAGACAGGCUUAUAUAAAACUAGCAGGACUAGGUGACUGCCCAGCAAUGGCAGAAGAGAAAAAAAAAAAGAGGCCUGAUUUUUCACACAAAAAAAAGUUUACCUCAACAGUUCAAAUUUAACCCACACCGACGCUAACAAAGGGGCAAACGAUGGCUCUGAAAGUGAUGGGAGACGACUUCGGCGUAUGAAGUAAUUUACCCUUUUCAAUCCAAUUAAACACGGCUCAGUUGCAGAGGAGUUUUCAUGUGGUCGUGAAUGGAAAUGUUGCCAGAGAGAGGCCAGUUGGCUGUUUUCAGCAGGGCUCAGGGGCUCUGGUUUUAGAGCUGAUGGGAAUUCACUCUGUCCCCAGUGUGAACGAGAUGACCUAAGAUUAUUAUAACAAAUCCAUCUGAUCUGGGCCAUGCCAGCCGGGGCUGGUGAUGAGGUCUGGGUGCUGGGGCUUGGCACCGAGCCCCCGGGCCACAUGGGCGUGAGGGGGGGGGGCAGUGCCAUCUGCCAGGCUGCAGAUGACAGAGGGAGGGGUAGCAAGAGGGGAGACUCCUAAUCCAGUUGUGCCGUGGUGUUUACGGAGGCAUCUGGCAGGUAUCUACCCCGGGUCUUACCCGCGACAGGGCUUAAAGGGCCCGGCCCGGGUAGGAUGAGAGUGAAAGGGAUACAAACAGCCGUCAGCUUGUCCUCGAACCUUGGAGGAAUUUGACCUCACAGCUGCAGAGCGGGUCCUUUGGAUUUUAUUCAUCCUUCGACACACUGACUCAUGUAACGGGACCUGCUGAUCCCCUCUGUGUACGCAUGCGUGUGUGUGCGUGUGUGUGUUUGUCUAGUGCUGGUGACAAGUCUUUGUCAUCUACCUUUGUUGGGGAUAGAAUUACACAACGUAAGCACGUCUCAGGUGAAUAGCUUUGGCUGGGAUUUCCCAAAGGCAUUGUAAACACGACGAGCAUCCUUCUGCCAUUGUAGGUCAAUGAACAAGAUAAUGCUCCGUAGGCUUACAGAACAGCGUGCAGCCGGCGCUCCAGAUUGGCGCAGACAGCUUAGCAUCCGCUGUGACAAAGACACCUUGCUUUUUUCAAAGUUAAAAUCCCAUGAAUUGAUUCGCUCAUGGACGAUUUUUUCUUUUUUUGACUGAAUUCAGCAAAAUUCAGUUCAGAAAGAAAAAUAGCCGUGCAGAAAGUGCAAGGUGUUCCUUUGACAGCACUGCUUUGUCAGAUGCACACGAGGAAACGAGUAAUAGCUAUCAGUCUGAGGCUAUCUCUCAGUCCGGGAUGACUGCUGUGACACUGUCCUUCUCUAAUGCCCCGAGGCGGGCGGCAACAUUACCCUGGAGAGAUUAAUCCCAAGGAAUACACUGGGCACAUUGCAGCAGUAUAAGAAGAUUCAGUGUUUUCACAAAAACUCUGCCACAUCCAUCGGUUGUUUCUGAAUUUCAUGUUGAUCCUAUUUAUUCCUGUGUUAGUCUUUCUCCAUACUAACACAGUACCACCCCUUUCCUCAAAAUGUUUUCCGGGUGGCAUGGCGCUCUAUUCCAUUGCCUACCAAUAUGGGGAUCGCCAGAUCGAAUCCCCAUGUUACCCCCGGCUUGGUCGGGCAUCCCUACAGACACAAUCGGCCGUGUCUACGGGUGGGAAGCCGGAUGUGGGUAUGUGUCCUAGUCGCUGCACUAGCGCCUCCUCUGGUUGGUAGGGGAGGAACUGGGGGGAAUAGCGUGAUCCUCCCACAUGCUACAUCCCCCUGGGGAAACUCCUCACUGUCAGGUGAAAAGAGGUGGCUGGCAACUCCACAUGUAUCGGAGGAGGCAUGUGGUAGUCUGCAGCCCUCCCCAGAUCGGCAGGUGGAGCAGCGACCGGGACGGCUCAGAAGAGUGGGGGUAAUUCGCCAAGUACAAUUGGGGAGAAAAAUCCCCCCCCCCCAAAAAAAGUUUUCCAUACGUCAUGUCUCUUGGGGUCCUGAUGGCAGCAGAAUAACAAAAUUAGUUUGUCAUUGUUUUCUGUCUGUGGAACAUUGCCCCAAAAAAGGAAAUGUGCCCAGUGUAUUACAGGCUUUGUACAAAACAAGCAGACUAAAUUCAAGCCUAGAACAGACCGUUGACUGACAAGUGGCUCCCACCAAUCAGAGGCUGUGAAAAUAACCCAGCACAACCAAAGAACCCACCAAACCAACAACAAACCGACCAAACGAAAGAUUUCAUUUUUACAUGGGCUUAAGUGUUGCAAAAUGUUGGGUUUGUGUAUAGCUGAAAGCCAAGAUUGUGGAUAGCCUUUCUCUGUGAUAUAAAAUGCAUUGUGAUUUUGUAAAUGACAGAUCUUAAUAUAUGAAUAUAUUCUAUUUACUGUAUUCACCAUGAGAACUAUACUUUAUGUCAGCCUCUGUGUUAUAAACUGUAAAUAGUGUUAAUGUGUUGUGGUUUAUCAUUCUCUGUUUGAUGAUGAAUGAAUAUGAUUUUAGGUCAUGUCAUGCUUUCUCUCUGGUACCCCACAUUGACUGUAUGAUACUUACUACUUUUUUACUGAAAAUAUUUCAAUUUCAAUGUCUUUUUUAAUGGAGGAUGCUGAUGCUGACUAUAUCAUUGGAUCUUCGUCAAUUAAAAUGCACCUUGACAUCUGUAU